AUUUUCGUAUUUUUUCUCUUCAAGAAUACACAAAAGUACAAUUAAACCAGUUUUAAUCUUUUCUUAUAGAAAAAAAAUCACUUUUUACGUAAUAUAUGAAGUAAAAGAAUAAAUGUAGUAGACAAAAUGAAUUAGGUUAAUAUCAAUUCAGGUCAAAAUAAAUAGUGAUAAGUAACUAGCAGACAGCUUCAUUUUAUUAAAAAAAAUAUCAUUAAAAAGUGAAUAAAAUGCCUCCUAAAGCUUAUCAAACAAGAAAAAUGUCCUUCUCUGCUUGCCAUCGGUUACACAGUAUUUCUUUGACUGAUGAAGAGAAUAUAAAGUUGUAUGGGAAAUGUAAUCAUAAAAAUGGUCAUGGUCAUAACUAUACUGUUGAGGUAACUUUAUAUGGAGCUAUCAACCCUGAUACAGGUAUGAUUCUUAACAUGACUGUCUUAAAGAAAUACAUGGAAAUAGCUAUCAUGGAACCGUUAGAUCAUAGGAACAUUGAUAAGGAUGUAGAGUACUUUAAAACUAAACCAAGCACAACUGAAAAUGUUGCCAUUUUUAUUUGGGAUCAUCUUAAGGAGAUUAUGGAUUGUCCUGAACUCUUACAUGAAGUGAAAAUACAUGAAACUGAAAACAAUAUUGUGGCAUAUAGAGGAGACUAAGAAGAAUACCUUAGUCUUUUAUUUUUUUUACUUUUGUACAUUAAACUAACUGCAGAAUAAAUUAUGCAUUUAUUUUA